AGUUCGCUGUGGUGUGGGCAGCGCAGUCACAUACUGCAAUGCCGGCAGUGAUAGAGAGAGUGCGAUGCUCGAAGUAAUUCACAGAGAGAGAUGGUGACUGCGACGCUGACGGUGGCUACUCCCUGAGUGCUGGAGAACACUGCGGCCUCACAGCCCCGGGCACCUGGUGACGCUGGUUAGCAGAGAGUUUUCUAGAUGUGAUGUCCAGCCGUAAAGGAGGGAAGGCAAAACCUGGAGCUGGGAAAGCACUGAAAAAUCCCAGCCAACUGGCAAAAAAAGCUCCUAACAGAUCUGCUCCAAGCAAGGGGCCAAACACUUCCGCAUCCAAGAAGUCCAACAAACCAGAUAGUGGGAACUCUGCUGCUGAUCAGUCCACCCUGCCUCCUGUCAAUGAUUUGCAAGAGAAGUCAGCCAUCAUCAUUCAAUGUGCAUGCCGUCAGUAUCUUGCAAGGAAGGAAAGGAUCAAACGUCUCAAAGCGAAGGAGAACUAUGAAGAAUUAAUGGAACAACUUCAGAGAGAGGCCUUUGUCGCUCUGGUGAAGAGAGAGCAGGAGGCCGCAGCAAGAGAACGUGAAAAAGAAGAGAAGGAACGAAAGCUGAGACAGGAGGAGCAGAAACGUCGUACCCGGAUGUUGGAAGCAGCCUUUGAUGGGGAUGUGGAUGAGAUGAAAGCAUUGUUAAAUGAGGUUUCUGACCUGGACUCCAAAAACAGAAUUGGAAAUGAUGAAAUGGGAAAAGUGAUCCGCCGGCGGCACCAGUUAGCGCUGAUAGACUGUACUGAUGCACACGGCAACACACCGCUGUCAGAGGCUUCCGGUGGGGGGCAUCCUGAGGCCAUUCGGUUCUUGAUUGAGAAAGGCGCUAACCUCAACUCAAAGGGUGCUUAUGGAAGAACCCCACUGUACAGAGCAGCCUUUGGUGGGCAUCUGGCAGCACUUGAAAUGCUGUUACAAUAUGGAGGGGACCCUCGUAUCUGCGCGGAUGAUGGCAUCAUACCUGAGGAAAUCGCAUCUACAGAUGCUGUCAUAAAGAUCCUUCAUGAGUGGGACAUCAGUACAACUGUGGCUCUCGUGGAGAAGAUGGCAUCAGAGAGGCAGCGGAUAUCAGCAGCUGAGAAGAAACUCAAACUGGAAGAAACAAACAGGAUUCAGAAUCAGGUUUCAGAAAUCACAAAGGAACUGGCCCAAUACCAACACGAGCUGCAGAAAGCCUACUGUGAACUUAACAAGCGCAUUACUGAACAUGACAAGUGUGUGCGUAAAAACAUGAGUAAAACAGACAUCACACUACAGGCUAUUCAUGAUGCAGAGGAGCUGCUGGCAGAAAAGAGAGCAGCAGUCGCAAGGGCAGAAGAUAAACUCUCCUUUGCCAAGCUGGAACUGAGAGAGAAACUGCAGAGAGAAGCAUCCUUGACAAAGCCAAUAGGGGCCCUGUGUCACAUUCGCGAGCUAGAUGAUGUGCUACUGAAGGACAUCGGUGACAAGAUCAAACAAGAUGGCAGGUGGCCACUCAUUAUUGACCGAUCCGGCCAAGCCAGCACCUUCCUAAGAUACCGUGACACCAACUUUUACGACGCUCUCAACCCUGGGCACAUGCAGCCUGAAGUUCUCCGACUCGGGCUCCUUGGAGCUAUAAGGUACGGGAAGAUGCUUGUGAUCGACAUGAUGGAGGUGAAUAUGUUUCAAGCAGUGAGCAGGAUAUUUGACCAGAUCGAGGCAGGCCUGAUGGAGAACCUGUUGAAUAAGGAAUUACUCCAAAAGUACAGGUUUCUUUCAUUGAUUAGACCUGGAGAUGGGCCGGAAUAUUCUCGCAAUGAAUUCUCUCCAGCAAGGACAGAAAAAUUCCAAAUGGUCUUUAUCACCAAAUUGCAGAAUCUCCCUGAAGAGCUGCUCACCAUCUUCUAUCCAAUUCAAAUCGUCAUUAAAUAACCAAAACAUCAACAAUUCAGCACAAUCCCAGAUUUCCAAAGAGCCUGAAUCUGAUCAAGAUCCUUCUCUGUUGAAUGUCCGGCAAUCCUCUUUGUUAAAGUCUUUCUCCAAGAAUUAAGUUAAAAAAAGGCAUUUCUCCAACAAUCUGUAGGAAGGAACUAGACAAGCCUUUAGAUUUUGAAUUUUUCUGUCUUUUUAGGUAAUGAAUCUCAGAUUUUCUUGGAAUAAAUUGUGAUAUCAGUUCCAGUUGUAAUUUAUGGUGAAAUAAACACUGAAUCAAAUUCCCUCUGUAAAUGUCAGUACAUCCCUACAAAGCUUCAUUCCUCAAUCCAACUAUGGACCAUGACUUCAGUCACAGAAUAGAAUACUUACAGUGUGGAAACAGGCCCUUCGACCCAACACAUCCACACCGACCCUCAGAUUGUAUUGCCCAGACCCAUCUCCCUGUAACCCACUUAAUCUACACACCCCUGAACGUUACACGGCAAUUGAACAUGGCCAAUCCACCUAGCCUGCACAGCUUCAGGCUGUGGGAGGAGACCAGAGCACCUGAAGGAAACCCACACAGACAAAGGAAGAAUGUGCAAACACCACACAGUCACCUCAGGGUGGAAUCCAACCUGGGUCCCUGGGGCUGUGAGGCAGUAGUGCUAACCAUUGAGCUGCUGUCCGCCCUAAUCUCUCUCUGAUCUCUCCCUGUAAGUCUUGGGAUCACAAUUUGUUAUCUGACACCACUGUGAAACACCUGGGGGUAGCUUAUUGUGUUAAAGGGCUAUAAAAACACAUGUUAUUGUUGUCAUUAUAUGCCGGUCCCCAUCCUCUUCCAGGAUGCUGGAGAAGAUCAGCAGCUCUGGCAGCAUUAUGGAGAGAGAAACAGAGUUAACGUUUCAAGUUCAGAGACCCUUCUUCAGAAUUAUUAGUAGUUUGGAAAAAUUGAUAUUUAUGCUGUGGGGGCAGACAGUAGAGAAAUAAUUGUUUUCUCUCCACAGAUGCUGCCAGACCUACUGAGCUUCUCCGGCAUUCUCUGUUUUGUGCCUCAAGGUAAGGAUCUGUUUUGGGAAUCUGAGAUCUUUGAACAGUUUUGGAAUUUUCUCCAAAGUAUAGAAUGUGUUUGUUUGAAAAACAUUUCUGUUUGAUGAAGCUAGCUCCUUCCACUGUAACCCCUAUCCAACAAUAAAACAACGCUGACCAGAGCAACAUGAAAGUAGCACAUAAGUACCACUGAGCAGGUGACCUGGUCAUUAUUCCAUUGCUGUUUAUGGGAGCUUGCAGUGUUAGAUUAGCUCCUAAUUUCCUGCAGUACAACGGUGGUUCACUUUACAAAGUCAAGCACUAUGAUGGAUUUUGUGGUGAUGUAAAAACAAGCUUUCAUUUACGGACAGUGACUGUGUUAGGACAGUAGUCGAAAGAUCAAAUUACACCCGUUCUAAAUGGAUAGAUGUGCUCAGGAGGUCAAUGUUAAAAGGAAGGGGUUUGAAUCCACAAAAGCAGCUGUUAAAAUACAGCUCAACCCAUUCAGUGGACAAUAAAGCUCAGGAUUGUAACUUCAUCACUCAAUCUGUCAAUAUUUGUAAAUCCAUCUCACAAUCGAACCUCCCUCUGCUACACUUUGUAUUCUGCAAGUGACAUAAAGUUAUACAGCCAUAAGAAAUAAAGCAGGAGU